ACGCAAUUUCAAGUACAUUUCCCGCGCUUCGAAACCCUAAUUCCCAAUCUCGAUCAUCAGGCUCAAUUUUUCGAUCAGCCGGUUGCCGUACUCAUGGACUUAGACGUCGACGUUUCGCGGUGGGUCCUCGAGUUCCUCUUCCGUGACCGCGAGAAGGAGAGCGUCGCUAAGCGAGUCCUCGGCGUCUUGCCGCUCUCGAACCACGACUGGCGGUUGAAGAAGACCCUCCUCCUCCGAACAAUCGAGUCCCAAAUCUUGGACGAGGCUUCUGUCACCGAAACCCUCCUCGAAUCCUUGGAGUCCAUCGAGGCUCUGGACCGCGGCCAAGGGCUCCCGAUCACGCACUCAAUGAGAGCGGCUUACUGCGCCGUGGCGACGGAUUGCACGGUCAAGUUUUUGGCUGCCUUCAGAGGGAAGCCGAGUGGAAAGUACAUGGAGGCAGUCGAUCGGAUUUGGAGAGGCAGGGUUAGGAUUUUGGAGGAGUCUGAGGGUUGCGAGCUGGUAUCGGCUGAGUUGAAGGAGACAAGGGAUGAGGUGGAGGCUGCGAUUUGGGAUAUCAAGGUUUCUAAGAAGCUAGCGAGCCUGAACACUAGAAAUGAUGCGCUGGCAUUGGUUGCGGCGUAUGUCGAGGAAGCUUUGGGGAUCCUGGGUCCUCCGUUUAUUGCUUGGGCUGUUAGAUUUAAUAAGCACAACGGUAGUUUAAGCUCGGAAGCUGAUCAGGUUGCAGUGGAGAGUGAUGGUAAUGCGGGUGAUGGGUGUCAAGUGCAGGUUCCAAUGGCGAAUGGGGCUGAAUUGGAUGUGCAAAUGGCAAAUGGGGCUGUUUUGGACGUGCAAAUGGGGAAUGGGGUUGAUUUGGGUGAUGGCUCCAAAUUGGAGGUGAAUGGGGCUAAUGUGCGUGAAUUGGAAGCGCAGAGAGGAGCUAAUGUCAAUUCUGGGUCUGAACAGGAGGCACAAAGGGCAAAUGGGCCUAAUGUCAAUUCGGAGUCUGAAUUAGAGGCACAAAGGGUGAAUGGGGCAAAUGAUGGUAGUGCUAGGUCUGAACAGGAGCUGCAAAGGGCUAAGGGGGCUAAUGUUAGUGAUGCCUGUGAACGGGAGGCGCAUGAUACUAAUGUGGGUGAUGAGUCUGAAUCACAAAUUGUGACUGUAGCUUAUUUCAAUUCUAGGUCUGAAAUGGGUCACUACCAUACUAUGAAUGGCGUUCAAUUGCAGAUAGUGGGGGCAGAAAGGUUGCCACCUAAUGGAAACCAUCGUGUCCUCAGCUCUGAACCUGCAACUAAAGAGAAAGAAACUCCAAGGAGCACGGCACUUAGACGCAGGCAUGGACCAGUUAAGAUUAGAGAUGCUGAAGAUGUGGAUACGGAAGCAUCAGCUGGCAUAUAUAACUCAGUGUCUAGUGCUGAAGUUAGAAAAGUGCAAGAAGAACUCAAGUCCAGUGUUUUGGCUCUACAAGCUGUAGUGACAGACCCACUUCCUUAUGCUUUGCGCAAGUCGGAAAUUGUAAGAUCUGAGUUGGGAAUAAGACCUGUGGAUCAUGUAAGUGGAGAAAAUGGAGGUGCAGCAAAUCCAUCUGUUGCAAAGUGCACUGAGCCUGAUCAGUUUAAUAAUGAUAAUCAUGGAAACCACACCAGUCAUCAGAAUGAUGUUUCCCAACCUAGUGGAAAAGAAAAUGAUGCACCAAAUCUUUCUGUUGACAAGGGAAAGGGCACGGAGUAUGUUCAGACGGGUGAUGUCAAUCCUGGAAAUCCAUCUUGCAGUUUUCAGAAUAAUGUUUCCCGAGCUGGCUUGAUGGAACGUAAUAGUACUGCCCAUACUUAUGAGUGCGAUGACUCGCUAGGUAUGUCACCUGAACAAACAAAUAGUAAGGGCAGGCUUCACCUACCUAGUCCAAAAAGGAAUGCUGUUUCUCCGCUGAAGAAGUAUGAGGAUAAAAGAUCUUUUAAGAGGAGAAAAGUUAAGAGAUGGAGCUUACAUGAAGAAGAUACGUUAAAGACUGGUGUGCAGAAGUAUGGCAGAGGCAAUUGGAAGUUUAUCUUAGAUACAUACCGAGAUGUAUUUGAAGAGAGAACAAAGGUUGAUCUAAAGGACAAGUGGAGAAAUAUGACGAAGUAGAGGCACCUGUGAAUAGUCUGCUACUCAGUUGAUUUUGUUUGUAUAUAUUGGUAUCCUGUCCGAGCUGUAUGUUAUUGUUAGGAGCAGCCCACUUAAUCACCCUUAAUCCCUUUUUGUAUUGCCCCAGUAGGCCCAGAUGUUACUAUACAAUGGUGGUUCUGUACCAUUGCUGUCUUCUACUUCUGUGAGUUUUGUCUAGAUGGGAUGCCAUCUAAAUCAUGUAACCAAAAUGUCCAGAGUUGGCAAUGAAGAUGAUGUUUAAACUU